CAAUCCAAUAGUUUUACACACAACAUCCAGAAUAAACACCCAAGGAUCCAAGAUGCUGCUCUUGCUACUGCUGGUGGCAUCAUGUGCUGCCGUUCCUCAAAAUCUUUCAGAGAAGAUAUUCACCUUCCCACAAGAAACCAACACAGCACAUGUUAGGUUGACAACAUCAAGACAAAAUUUCAAUGUUGUGACUGUCUGUUUCAGGUUCUUUACAGACCUCAAAAGAGAUCACGCCCUUUUCUCAUUGGCUCUACCCUCUCACGAUAAUGCCUUUUUGUUUUACAAUUUGGCCAAGUUAGAUUCUUUUCAAAUGUAUGUAAGAAACACAAUCGCAACUUUUGAAGGACUGGACCUCAAGCUGAACCAGUGGCAAUCAGUUUGUGGAACCUGGGACGCUGUGUCUGGUUUGGUGCAAAUGUGGGUGGAUGGAAAGCCUUCAAGCAGGAAAUUUACCAGCUCUGGAUCCAGUAUCAAUGGACCAAUUAUAAUUGCUUUAGGACAGGAACAAGAUUCACACGGUGGUGGUUUUGAUGUCAAACAAUCAUUUGUCGGCAUGAUGUCAGAUCUCCAUAUGUGGGAUCACAAGCUUUCACCCUGUGAGAUCUGGAAAUAUGCGAAGGGGUUUGGUUAUGCACCAGGAAAUGUGUUGAACUGGAAUUCACUGGAAUUCCAGAUUCUAGGAAGGGUGCUGAUCGAGAAUAAACAGAAUGCUUGUCAGUAAAUCAUCCUUUCUAUAAAUUAAUGUAGCACACAAUAAUUGGUAUGUUGUACGUUAUGAUCAAAAAUUACAAUAUUCUUUAUAUUUCAACAUGAUAAAUCAUUGGACUAAUCAUUUUGUCACAUGUUAAAAUCUUUAGUAAUGUCUUUUAAAUUUCAUUCCAAAUUCAAUGCUGAAUAUUUUACAAAAAAAAUAUUUUGGGUUCAAUUUGUAAUUGAAUAUAGUAUUUUAUUAUAAGUUUAUGUAUUUGUUUGGUAAUAAUAGCUACUUUCAAGACAGGUGUUCAAAAAUCUGAUCAUUUCUAUUUUAAAUAUUCUAAAAUAAAAAAUUAAGAAUUGUCA